GCACUUUUUUCAUUUAUACAGUUAAAGGUCUAAAUGUAUCUUGAGAGUUUGAAACUACUGCCACGAAUUCAAAUUGUUAAAUUCAGUGUUCAAUGUAUUAAAUGUUACCAAGUUCGAAAUAUAAUAUAAAUAUAAUUUUUGUUUAAUUAUCACACAGAUAGUUAAAAAUAAUGAGUUUAAUACCAUAUCUACGUUCUAUAUUAAUUAAUCAAAAUAAUGUUGCGAAAAGAUAUUUACAUGUCAGCACAAUACUUCAUAAAGUACAAGCUGGACGUUAUAGACCAAAACCAAAGGUAGUGCAACCACUUACAUAUGAAAUGGCAUAUCCACUACAUGAAAUUGUUGCUAAAAAGUCAUGGAACUCAUGAA